UUGAUAAAAAAGAAAGAAAAAUUAUUAAAAAAAGUUGUUACAUUCCAUAAUUUAUAUUGUUUAAAAAAAUGUAUAAUAAAUUGGAAACUAUAUGUACUGUUACGAAAACGGGAAGAAAUUGAAGAAAAUAAAAUUAACGAGGUAAUAUUAAAUAAUAAUCAACAUUUUAAUUAUGAUUUUUUUUUUUGAUUCAUAAAUAAUUUUAAAUUUAGGCGCAUAAAUUUUAUACAACAAAAAUUUUACGAACAUUCAUAAAAAGUUGGAUUAACGUUUGUGAAAUCAAAUCGCAGAGGGAUAAAAUAGGAAAUGUAAUUAUGCAUUAUAGAAAUAAAUUAUUAAUAAAAUAUUUUAACGUUUGGAAGAUAUAUCACGAUUACAAAAUAAAAAAGUUAAAUAUUGAAGAGUAUAUUUCAACAUAUAAUAGAAAAAGAUUGUUAAAACGAUAUUUCGAACAAUUUAUUUUGCAUGUGAAUGAAUCCAUCGCAAAAAAAAUUGCAAAUGAAAAUGUUAAAAGAUUUUAUAAUUUUAAAAUCGUACAAAAAGUAUUUCUUGCAUGGCAAAGAUGGUAUAAUAGAAAAAUAGUAAAUGCAACAAAAAUUCGUGAAAUAGAAAACAUAUUUAACAAUUCCAAAAAAAAUGAAAUAUUUAAUAAUUGGCGUUUAUAUGUAAUUCAAAAUAAAUGCAAAAGAAGAAAGACAUUUGCAGCAAACAAUUUCUAUGAAAAAAAAUUAAUAAUUAAAACUUUAAAAAAAUUUCAUAAUUACGUUAUUUAUAGAAAAGAAAAAAAAAUUAGAUUAUCUUAUUUAAAUAAUAAAAGCGAAGAAAUUAUUCGACAAUUACAAAUUAUUUAUAUAGAAAAAUGGAGAAAUGCACUUUAUAGUACUAUGCAAGAAAAACAAAAAUUAAAUCAAGCAAUUAAACAUUGGAAAUUAAAUUUAACUUGUAAAUAUUUUUAUAAAUGGAAAGAAUUUUCCUUGCAAUACAAAACGAAAAUGAUUCAUAAACAAAAAUUGAAUGAAAUUGCAACUGGUUUUUUAUUAAAAAAAUUUAUUUUACAUUGGCAUUCCAAAUUACAAGAUAUUUUAAAUAUACGUAAAAAAGAAAUUCUUGUGAUCUCCACGAUGGAAUAUAAGAUUUUGAAAAAAUAUUUUUUAAUUUGGAGAGAAUAUAUCGUUCAAAAGAUAAAAAUGAAUAAUGAAAUAGAAACAGCAUUAAUAUUGUAUAAAAAAUUUGUAUUACGAGAAGGACUUAAAAAAUUGUUGAAAAUUUCGCUUUGUAAUAUUAAUUAUCAACGUGAUUUGCAAUUAGAAAAUGCAAUGAUGAGAUCAUUUGAAAAUUUUGAAAUUUUAAAAAUAUAUUUUGAUAAAUGGUACUCUGUAAUUUAUUUAAAAAAAAAAUUAGAACCCGUUUAUACAAUUACAAAUAAUAAUGAAUCCCAAUUUAUACAUACUCAAAUUUUACGUAACAAUACAUUUAAUAAUUUUAAAACUCGUUUAGUUAUACCAGAAUAUAUGAUGAAAAAAGAUAUAAUUUCAAAUGUUUGCGAUUUAUUCGAUAACUUUCCAGAAAAAAUUGAUUAUUUCUUUUAA